AUGGGUUCAACAGAACGGAGGGCCAUUCAUCGUUUAACGUCGCAGAAAACUGUUUUGCUCCUGUGCGAUAUUCAGGAAGCGUUCAGGGCUCCAGUUGCACAUUUUGCUGAAAUUGUGGAAGUUAGCAAACAACUCUUGUCGGCUUUUAUUGUGCUUGGUAUGAAAGUCAUUGCAACAGAGCAAUAUCCAAAAGGUUUGGGGAGGACUGUGCAGGAAUUGGAAAUUGAAAAGCACCCUGUAACAGUGUUUGAGAAGAAGAAGUUUAGCAUGUGCAUACCACCUGUAAUCGCGGAAAUAGGCGACCAUUAUGAUUCUGCUGUAUUAUGCGGAGUUGAGUCUCAUGUGUGCGUUCUUCAUACUGCUUUUGAUCUUUUGGAACGAGGGAUUCAUGUUUAUGUCGUUGCCAAUGCUGUUUCGUCGAGAUCGAAAACUGAUAGGUUCUUUGCGCUUCGUCAGUUAGAAAAAGCAGGAGCCGUCGUAACAACUAGUGAGUGUGUCAUAUUGGGUUUGAUUGGCGGAGCCGACCAUCCAAAAUUCAAAGAGAUACAGGCGAUUAUCAAAACUCCGGCGCCAGAUACUGGGUUAUAUCCUGCAUUCUCGUGUCAGUGA